UGCUGGUAAAGCAACAAAGAUGGCAUCGCUUGACAGAGUAAAGGUUUUAGUGUUGGGAGAUUCAGGUGUUGGUAAAUCGUCUCUGGUUCACUUACUGUGUCAGAAUCAAGUGCUGGGUAAUCCCUCAUGGACAGUUGGCUGCUCCGUUGAUGUGCGGGUUCACGACUACAAAGAAGGAACACCAGAAGAGAAGACAUACUACAUAGAGCUGUGGGAUGUUGGAGGCACAGUAGGCAGUGGCAGCAGUGUGAAAAGCACCAGGGCAGUGUUUUACAACUCUGUAAAUGGUAUUAUUUUAGUCCAUGACCUGACAAACAAGAAGUCCUCACAGAAUUUGUAUCGCUGGUCAUUAGAAGCAUUGAAUAAAGACUCCUCUCCAACUGGGGUUAUAGUCACAAAUGGUGAUUAUGACCGAGAGCAGUUUGCUGACAACCAGAUUCCUCUGCUGGUGAUUGGGACCAAAUUAGACCAAAUUCCAGAAAAUAAGCGAAGUGACGUGUUGAUAAGGACAGCUUUCCUGGCAGAGGAUUUUAAUGCAGAGGAAAUUAAUCUGGAUUGUACCACUCCAAGGUAUUUAGCAGCAGGUUCAUCCAAUGCGGUCAGACUAAGCAGGUUUUUUGAUAAGGUAAUAGAAAAGAGAUACUUUACAAGAGAUGGGAGUCAGAUGCCAGGAUUCUCAGAAAGAAAGCGGUAUGGAGCAGGGAACUCCAAGAGCCUCCACUAUGACUAACCUUCAGUUCUUGCAAUGUAGGUUUAAAGGAGGACUGUACCAGCAGUUGCAUUCUACAUUGAGAGUGAUGUUGCAAACAGCAUACUGUAUGCUGUACCUUUCUGGUUGUUAUCAGUUUAAUGUGAGACAGGGUCAAUAGAUCUACAAUAUAAAUGUGUGUCCUGAAUCAUGUAUUCGAAUGGUUGUCUAAUGGCUUCUGGUGACUUCAGGCCAGUAUAGAACUGUUUUAAUCUUCUUUGUAAUUGGUACCAGUCCUUUGGGGAGCCUAAAAGUUUGGCAGAUGUGGAGACCUUAACAAUAGCUGGUCUCCCAGCACUGUCUAGAAUGAGGCACAAUGUUUAUGCACAUUUGUGAGAGCUUACUAAAGAAUGUGGUUCUCUUGCUGCAUGUGCAGUAAUACUCUGGAAGGACUUCUGGGACUCUCUUAAUCUGGAACAAAAUAUUUAUUUGCACAAAAAAUAAACCUGUUAUAUUUUAAAAGAGCUCAGAUAAUCGAAGCAAUUCAGUUAUUUCUGUCAACAAAUAUGUUGCAUCGUUUUCUUGUUUAACAGCACAUUGCUACUUUGGGCAGUAAUCAUUCAUUUGUAAAAAGUACAAUUUUAAAAAAGUUAAUUAUUGUAAAAUUAAUAAAUUAUUUCAAAAGAUUGCAACAUUUUUGUAAUGGUUUUAAAAACAAUGUUUAGGUGGUUUCAUUCUGAUAAAUACAUCUCUUAGCUGCAACUUGCAGUACCAAAAAUAUGGCAUACCCCACAAAAGUUUCCUUUUGUGUCUGACAAUGAGUUCCUUUGAGAGCAAUCUAAUUUAAAAAAGGGCUUAUAAGGUGUGGGGGUGCGAUUAGCAAGUUAAUCAAGUCUGCUACAGGGAUGCCUGCGUUUGUUGUAUUUGUCACUGUUCCCUGACAUGGGGGAAUGGUCCCUGGAGAGCUGUGUGUUGAGCUUGUCUUGGGUGGCUUAUUCUGUUGAGUUGUCUUAAAUAAAGCACCUCAGCUGCCUAAACUGGGUCUCAUGACCCAUUGGGUCUUACUUGCAUUCUGAACACGCUACAAUACUUAUAGUAUGUAUGUCUCACUUACUUACAUGUUUACCUAUAGAACAUCUAAUUACGAUGAAAUGAUUGUAUUUACGCAUUAUAGAGGUAGAAACGUGCAGGAUAUUUUAGUUUAUGGUGAUUCAUUUAAAGAUGCAGCUAAAAAUUUAAACUGGGGUACAGUAAUUAACAGAUUCUUUCCAUGUCCGAAAUGCACAGCUUGUAAGAAUGCUUUUAAAAGCAAAACCUGCACAAGUCAUAUUACUAACAAAGAAUAUACGAUUUCCCAAGUCAUUACUUGUACAUCUGAUUUUGUUGUUUAUUUAAUCUCUUGCCCUUGCAAUUUACAAUAUGUUCACAAAACCAAUAGACGACUACGAGUUUGCAUUAAUGAACAUAAAAGUUCCAUCCAUAGAAAAGACACACAUUCGCCUCUGGCUAGACAUUUUGUAGAAACAAGUCACUCCAAAGAUUAACUCAACCUCGUAGAGGGGGUGACCAAAAAUGACUUCAAUGUGAAGCAAAGUGGAUAUUUUUUUUUAAAUCUCAAAACAGUGCAACCUGAAGGAAUUAAUGAAGAAUCAUGUUUAUUGUGUUAUCUUUAGAAAAAAAUAUAUCUUUAUUCAGUUAUCUCUAAUACUAACAUCAAUGCUAUGUAAUUAUGUCAAUUUGAUUCCAAAUUUAUAUGAAUUGUAAUAAUCUGGAUAACUUUGUUAAACCCAUCAACUUAUCAACAUGCUAUAGUCUUAUGUUAUUAUUAUAUAUGAUAUUUUCCUGUAAAUGUCAUUAUUUAAUAGAGUAUGUAUUACAUUUCUUCUAAUGUCUAUAUGUUCUAAUGUAUUAAAUAGUCUGUACAUCUGUCCAUUUGUUUUUAAUUGAACACCUGACUCUUUAAAUACCCAGGUGUUUUUAACUUGUAUAGCACAGCACUGAAGAUGGUCAAACGACUGAAACGUUUGCACUUGCACGGAGCACUUUAUU